AUGGCUAGCUUUUUUGACCUCAAGGCCAGAAAGGCAGCAGCGGCAGCCAACGGUAACGCUGACCAGAAGCAAGAUAAACCUUCAAAUGCUCGAACUCAACCCUGGGUCGAGAAAUACCGGCCAAAGACCCUCAGCGAUGUUACUGCUCAAGAUCAUACCGUUGAUGUGCUCCAACGGACACUGCAGUCCUCCAACCUCCCUCACAUGCUGUUUUACGGGCCUCCCGGGACAGGCAAAACUUCGACAGUUCUGGCACUCGCCAAGGAACUAUACGGUCCCGAUAUGAUCAAAUCGAGAGUCCUCGAGCUCAAUGCCUCCGACGAGCGUGGCAUCUCUAUCGUCCGAGAAAAGGUCAAGAACUUUGCGCGAAUGCAAUUGAUCAACCCGGCCCCCGGCUACAAGGACAAAUACCCUUGCCCUCCCUUCAAGAUCAUUAUCCUCGACGAGGCCGAUUCCAUGACACAAGAUGCCCAAAGCGCACUGCGACGAACCAUGGAAACAUACAGCAAGAUUACUCGAUUCUGUCUCAUUUGCAAUUAUGUGACUCGAAUCAUCGACCCGCUUGCUAGUCGAUGCAGCAAAUUUCGUUUCAAGAGUCUCGACCAGAGCAAUGCAAAGAAGCGACUGGAGGAGAUCGCAGAGAAGGAGGGCGUGCCACUCGAGGACGGCGCUGUUGAUGCACUCAUCAAGUGCAGUGAGGGUGAUCUUCGAAAAGCCAUUACUUUCUUGCAAAGUGCUGCUCGACUCGUUAGCGCCAAUGCACCGGACAAGGAGGCUGAGGGUGAGGGUGACGAGGUGAUGGAUGUGGACAAGAAGGCGGUCACAGUCAAGAUUGUUGAGGACAUUGCUGGUGUCAUUCCGGACACGACCAUCGAGGAUCUCCUCAAAGCAAUACGUCCGAAGAAGUCAGGAUCCUCCUACCAGAUCAUUUCGGACGUCGUUGAGAAACUAGUUGCAGAUGGCUGGAGCGCAGGUCAAGUGGUCAACCAACUCUACCAAGCCUUAACAUACGACGAGACGAUACCCGAUGCACAGAAAAACAAGAUCGUGUUGGUUUUCUCAGAAGUUGACAAGCGAUUAGUAGAUGGAGCAGAUGAGCAUCUCUCUAUCCUCGACCUGUCAGUGAGGAUAUCGACUAUCAUGUCGAAGAAGUGA